AUGUCGAUCCCGGUCGAUCAAGAUAUUGAGUCAAACUACAUUGAGCAUUACCACACUAGUCCUAGUAGUGCCCAAGGGAGUAGUAGUAGUAGUCCUCCAGACCACUGGCGACAGAUUCGACUACUUUUUCAUGUUUGUCUACGUCUGAAAUAUUCCAUAAGCAACAAUGGAGCUAAGAACAUAUCCAUCACAAACCCUUCUGAUGAUGAAUUGCCAUCUUACACAACUCUCUUUAAUUAUGGCAACAAUAAUCAUGAUGACACCCACAGUGACGACAUCUAUGACACCAACAUCACCGAUAUAAAUAGCAAUGUUAACAACAACAGUAAUAUUCAGGAAGUUGUGCCUCUUGCAACCAACAUCAACAAGGAUACUCUUAUUCGUAUAUUGAAGGAGAUGGACUUUGUUACUCUUCAAGAUCAAGGAGGAGUUCAAGGAAUUGCAGCUUCUCUUGCAACCGAUUUGGAGAAUGGAAUUUCUAAUGAAGCUGAAGAUCUUCAGCUUCGACAAGUGGAAUAUGGUACAAACACUUACUGCAUGGAGUCGGUCGACCCUCCAAAAAGCUUCUUCCACUUUCUUUGCAGGGCCUGCAAAGAUUUUACCAUUAUCCUUCUGUUCUGUUGUGCAGUAAUAUCUCUUGCGUCUGGUCUCAAGGAAGAAGGCAAAGAAAAUGGAUGGUACGAUGGGACUACUCUUUUUGUCACCAUCUUCAUAUUGGUGACCGUAAAUUCGUUCAGAGACUACUUCGGUUUCCGUAAGUCACAGAAGCUGCAACUUAAUAUGAAUAAUCAUGGAGGGAUCAGAAUUAUAAGACAAGGAUUAAUGCAAGAACUUUUUGCUUGUGAUAUUGUGGUUGGUGAUCUGGUAUUCUUGAGCGAGGGAGAUUGGGUUCCUUCUGAUGGGUUGUUUGUGCAUGGUGACAAUUUGAAAGUUGAUGACAGUGUCGUAUAUACUAAAUUGACAAUAAAUAAUGUUCAGAACCAAUUUUUAUACUAUGGUGCUAAGGUGAUUCAUGGGUCCGGUUAUAUGCUGGUCACAUCAGUGGGCAUAAACACAACAAUGGGUGAAAUGUUGAGCAAAAUAUCCCAUGAUACUAAUGGAAAAUGGAGACCCUUGCAAGUUCAGAUUGAUAAGAUGAAUUCUUACCUCCAAAAUGUAGGUUUGCUCGUGGAACUGUUACUUCUUCUUGUGUUGCUCAUCCGUUUCUUUAGAGGGAAAAUAGAUCAUGAUACUGGUUACCCGAGUCAAAUUAUCAUAAAAACUUCAGUGGGGGAGUUGAUGAAAGCUGUGGAGAGAUGCAUCACAGAGUCAAGAGGAAUCUUUGCUGGUUCUACAAAUGUGUUUGCAAUCUUGCUGGUGGGGUUACAUGAAGGGUUGUCAUUGAUCAUCAGUCUAUCCCUCUGCUACUGGAACCAGAGAAUAUUAAAAGAUAACCAGGUUACAAUUAGCGAAUCAUUUGGAGCUACCACUUUGGGUUCAGUGACAAGUUUCAUCAUCGAUGUAGCUACAUUGAAUCAGCUGAAAGUCGAUAUCGAUUGUGUUGGUAAUAGUGGAAAUAGCCUGCCUGUCAUCUCUCUAAAUAAUAUAAGGACCAUCUUGGAUAAUAUACGAAAUGCUGGUGUUAACAUUAAACUUGUAUCUGCAGAUAGUUUGGCAUUGGUGACACCUAUAGCUAUCGAAUAUGGAAUUUUUCUCCCCGAGAUGGACUCAAAUUCUAUUGUACUUGAAGGUGAAGAGUUCAGAAAUUUCAGUGAUGCUGAGAGAAGGGAAAAAGCAAAUAAAAUAACCUUAAUAGGAAGUGUGAGUCCUUCAGACAAGCUUCUCUUGGUAAAGAGCUUACGUCAAAAAGGUGAAGUGGUUGCGUUCAUGGGAAACAAAGCUUCCGAAUAUCCGGCCCUUAAAGAAGCACAUGUAGGUAUAUUCAUGGGCACAAACAACUCAGAAAUGGCAAAAAGAAGUUGUGACAUCGUUAUUUCAACGGACAACUUUGCUUCUACUGUUGAUGUCUUACAAGUAGGGAGAUGUAAUUACCAAAACAUUCAAAAGUUCCUACAGCUUGAAGUUACCAUAAACAUAUCUGCAAUCUUUAUAACCUUCGCUACAACCGUCUCCUUAGGGGAGAUUCCAAUAACAGCGUUUCAGUUUUUUCUAGUGAACUCAACGGUGGGAACUCUGGCUGCAUUGGCUUUAUUGACAGAGUCACCAACCCAGGAUGUGUUGGAGAUCCGACCAGUAGAUCAAACUCAACCUAUCAUUAGUAAGUCUAUGAGGAGGAACAUAUUUUUUCAGGUGUGUUAUCAGGGUAUAAUUUUACUCAUCUUGCAAUUUGUUAAUGCUCCAUAUGUCCUAGAGUUAACCAAUCCAAAAGUGAAAAGUUCCAUGAUUUUCAAUAGUUUUGUUCUCUGCAUGAUUUUUAAUCAGUUCAAUGCAAGAGAACCGGAGAGAAAAAAUGUGUUCAAGGGAAUCAUUAAAAGCCAUUGGUUUUUAGUAUCAGUUGGAGCUCCUAUUAUUAUGGAGGUGUUACUGAUGGAAUUUGCGGGAAGAGUUACUGGCUUUCUGAAGCUGAACGGUGUGCAGUGGCUUGCUUGUAUUUCAUUUGCGAUCAUGUCGUGGCCUAUAGAUUAUGCAGGGAAAUGCAUACCAAGUUUCUUUGCUAACAUGUUUACUGGUCUUCCAAGUCGUUUCAGCUCCUCUGGCUGUUAUUUGUCUGUAUGA